GUGGCCUCUCAGGUUUGCACGCUGUUUCUGAUCAAGUAGUGUCUGACCCUUCUAACAGAUCGCCGACUCGCUCUUAGAACGCAAACCGGGGGCAGUCGUCGACUUGAUUCCGGACCUCUCUGUGGGAACACUGUCUGCAAUUGGACAAGUCGCCGUGGGCCGCUCGAUGGAGGAUCUCGAUCCUGGGUUGAAUGAAGCUCUUUUUGGUGUAUUAUCGCUCGCCUCAAGAUUUGGAUAUCCACAGUUCCUGAUUGAGGAACUCGCAUCGCAUCUGCCGGCGUCCUUCCUGAACUGGCUGUUCAGCAAGGCUCCUCUGCGCAUGUUCGCCGUGACCCGACGAACCAAGGCCCUUUGCUCGGAACUGGGAGAACAAAUCGUCACUGAGUCGACCGCAAGCGAUAAUACCGUCGAAGGGAAUCACUUGUUUGCUAAAAUCUUGGCCGGCAACUCAAGCAAAUCGCUUCCGACGGAUCUUCUCGUUGAUCAGACCAGUAUCUUACUUAUAGCCGGCCAGGAUACGACU